CCAUGCCAGCAAAGCUCCGUCCGCGAAUGCAACCCCGUCACCCGACCGUAGUAGCGUAAGAGCGCUCGCUGGGCCUGGCUGGCCAUGUCCAGCAACGACAACGACCCGUCCGACCCCAUAGCAGCAGCAGCAGCAAAGGCAUCGCCCGCUGCUGAUGUCAGCUUUGCCGCAAUUGGCGAUGGGCAGAAUCACCAGAAUCAGAAUCAGUAUGGACACGGAAAUGCACACGGCCAUGGACACGCCGAGUCAAGCUCGCAGGCCGAGUCGAGGAGCUCAAGCGCAAAGAGAAGCAGUCACAGCAUCAGCGACAGAUUGGCCCGAGUUGCGGAUAAGGCUACUGAGAAGAGAUCGCAAGGAAACGAAACGCCCCACAAGGCAGGAAACACAGCUCAUAACGGCACACCGCAUCGAUCGAGAAAGAGUGGCGGCUUCUUGCUCGAGACAGUGCUUGGCAAUGGCCAUCUGCGACGAGCAGACACCUCGGCGAAGAAGGGCAAGGGCAGCGAACAGAAUGGCAACGUCCAGCUAGAUCAUAGCAGAUACACCCGAAGUCGUGCCUCUGGAGAGUCCUCCCAACGAAGCUCGCCUCUUUCGAAAGAUGUGUCCGUGGAAGGUGGCAGCAAUGCUGGAUCUAGCACGGGUCAGAACCCAAUACCAGGCGCCAUGGAUCCGGCGCAGUUGGUGCAGAUGGCACUGAACUUGAGCGAGAGUCGCAAGCGGCAUGCGAGUAGCACUCUUCCCCUGCCCAUCUCUCCUGCUGGCGGCGGCAGACGUGUUGUGUCCGCACUGGACUCUGGAUAUGGCACUCUUCAACCAGCGUCGUGUAGCGGGAGGCGGAGUCGUCUCAGCGAUGGCAUGGCGGAUACUUCUUCUCCGUACCAGCGACAUGGCACUCUCCAUGAUGGGCCCGGUGAUCUGGGAGCAAUGACUUCUGACAAUGUGAUGUAUUCUUUUUCACCAGCGACAUUGUCGCGAGCAGAGAACGCGAGGCGGUAUUUUGAGCUUGCCGCAGAGCAUAGACGAUUGUUGGAUUACCUGCCUCCCUUGAAGCUCGAUGCAACCGCACCUGGCAAUUACACAAUGCAGGCGACGAGCAGUCCUGGAAGUGCUCACUAUCAAAUGACCCGCGUGGCAUCCUAUUCGAACAACAAGCACAGACUGGGCCGAGCAUACAACCCCCUGCAAGCAUUACGAAAUAGACGUCUUCGAAACAUAUCCCGGCGACCUCUUACAGCACCGCCAGAUACCUGGCAGGAGACUGAUCGCAUUAAGCGAUGGAUUGACCGAGUCGAGGUUGCUUCUCAAGAUGCCUCGUAUCGCCCGGGAAAUGAUCAAGUACGACUACCUGCCUUCUCGGGUGAGCUAGAGUCCAGCCCAGCUAUUGCCGGUAGACCAGACAUAGCCCAUCGCCAUCGUAGGACGGACACGGCCACCUCUGUAAUCACAAGGCCAGAGAAUGGCUGGACAAUUGAACCCGCGGAAUUGCUUGCAGAUACCUACUGGACCGAACGAGACGACAACAAAACCGUCAUCGAAGACAGGCACGGAAACCGCAUCUUCCCCAGCAGAGUCCGACCGAGCGUAGAAAUGCCACGAAAGAGCAAGGAGUCGGAGCGGGUCUUCGACCUGGGAACAGACCGAGAUAGGCAGAACCGUGUUGAAGAACCUGAAGCUGAGGAUAAGAAGCGGAAGAAGCAUAAGCACACGCUACCAAUACCGGGACGUCUGCGACGAAACCAUAGCAGUCGAUCAAGUAGUGUAUCUACGGCAUCUAGCGAGGAAGGCCGCAAACCGCCACCGCUAAGAUUCGGCGAUGAUCAAGGCGGUGACGAGAAUGUAGGUCCGCUUGAACGGCACAUGCGGAGCAUGAUUGCGAAUGAGGAGCGAGGGGAGAUGCCAUCACCUGAGCUUGUGUCGCCAGACUAUUGGGAUUCGAAGCACACGCCAUUCCCCAAUUAUCGCGCAAGCAUGGAUCGAGGCCACCGUCAGUCUGUUGCCCACGGCAAGCUAUCUGUGGAAAUGUCGCAGGGUCAUCCGCGUUCGAGGUCCACCGAAGGAAGAUUGACCUCUAUCGACCACGGGCCCUCUUCAAUGGACGAACUAGUCUCUGGUAGUCCGGCGUCUCCAGUGAUCCCAGGAUUCGUCCAAACGAUGGAUUCAGGGAUCUCCUCAAGAGAUGCCAAACGGAACUCGACUUCGCAGCAGAAAUCAAAGGGAUUAAAGCUUCCCUCAUUACGAUCUCGUAGCAAGGAGCGGAACAAUAUCGAACGCACAGACUUCGCCAUGAACUAUGGACCACAGCUUUCUCCCGUCAUGAGUGAAAAUACAACCUUCGAGUUCCCGCCUCGAUCCAGUCUCGACUCAGCACGACCUGCUCCCUUCAGGCGGCUCAAGACAGCGGAUAGCAAUGCAAGUAGCUUGAAGCGCACCGAUACUACCACGACGGCCGCGGACUCUUCUGCCAAAGACUCUUCUACGACAUCUUUUGGACGUCGUUUCCUUAAAGGUGGUAGAGUAGGCGAGUUGGUACGCAAUGAGUCCUCGCGAUUCGGCGACCGAUUCAGAAGUCGUGAAGGUGUCAAUCAAGAGAUGUCCAAUGUGCCUUCGGACAUGUCAGACGCAGAUGACGACAUGACAUUCAAACGCCGACACACUGGUGAUGAAGUCGACACAGACAGCCAGAUCAGUCCUCGUGCAUCGUUUGAACGUGAUCGACAGCGGCCAAGAUAUUUCACUUCGAAUCUCCCCUCUUUCAAAUCACCUGCGGGACGUGGCAGUCGACCUGCACAGACUCCCUUAUCCGAAGACAGUGAUCCCUUUGAAAAGCUUCGACCAAUGCCAGCACGGAAAGGCCAUUCUAAACGACCAGUACCACCGCUUAUUCAGCUUCCCGAUGAUGGCAAUGCCUCUGAGCCCGAGAUGUCACCGGACAAGUCUCGAAACUAUCUGGGCAUUAGUCAAUGCGAGCGUCGUACGUCCGUGUCUCAGAAUAAUCUCACGAGGAUCAACACAGCGGAGACCACCUCCACUGUGCCAGCGAGGAGAGUUGGAGACAUGCCAAUGUCUGGUUUGGCACACGUAGACGCCAAACGACAUUGGAGUAUCUCUGACCAUGGACACCCGGAGAAGGCCAAUAAGGUCACUGCGCGUGACAUUGCACGGGUUCGCGCGCUUCUUCUUGCCUCCGGUAUCAAGGCGCACGAAAUUCACAAGAUUGGAAGUGCCACUCGAGAGAGACCUCUACCCCUGAUUGCCAAAGCUUAUCAAUCGGCGGGAAAAGAGAUUCAGAAUGUUCCACGCUGCCAAGAGCACCUAGUCGCAGCACGCAUGCUCUCUCAGACGCUCGACGAAUCGACUCAAGCAUUCGAAAAGACGCUGCGCCGCUUCCAGUCCGACACUGCCAAGAAACUCAGCACACGUUUAGAGGACCUCUCACAUAGGGCAGCCGAUCAGCUCACCAAACUGGUGCACGAAACAUCGGAUGAGGCCGACGCAUUCAACGUCGAGCUUACGACGAAGCUGCCCCAAGACGUGAAACGAGUAGACGAUGCCGUCGAAGAUAUGUUCAGGCAACGAAGGCGACAAUUCAGACUUAUCAUCAACACCGGAUUCAAGCUUCUAGAAUGGCUACUUUUGGGUAUCAUGUGGUGGGUCUGGUUCGUCGUGGUCGUCUUCAACACUUUUCGAAGGAUUUUGGUGGGCAUUAUCGGAGUGCUCAAGUGGUUGUUCUCUUUCUAGACUGUUUCUUCUUUGCUUUUGUGUUGAAAUGACUUUUUUUGAUACUUCUCGAGAUACCCUGAUGGUUUUGGGCGUAGACUGGAUAAACAACACCAGAAGAGAAUUGGAACUCACGGAUCGAGCUGUGAUAG